AUAAUGCUUUGAAAAUCAUACUCCUGAAAGCGGAUGAUCAUUAUAACAAAAAAAAUCACCAAAAUGAAACCAAAGAACUUCUUAGCGUUGCAAAUAUUUCAAGGCUAAAAAAAGGAAAAAUAUUAGUAAAAUUAAAGUCAAAAUCGAAUAAAAAGAAAAAAGAUUUAAAAGCCCACAAAGAAUCUAUGGCUUUACU